UCAAAUAAGUGUUGCACCUAGUGUCCCACUCGGGAGUGGCUGCUGACUUAAGCGAAACACCUAGUGGUAAAAUUUGGUGGUCCGGUCCAGUGGCUUAAUAUCACUCCGGUUUGAAACAUCGGCCCAAGCCUAGUGAGAGGUAUCUAAGUGGGUGGCAGCAGAGACAGGCAGACAGACAGAAGGUGACGAGGCUGGGAGCCGUGGUGGUCUCAUGUCUGGCAGAAGUAACCUUGGCAAAGCAGAGUCUCACACAAAUCAUUCCGCUUGCCUCGCCCCACCCCCGUUUCUCCUUGUUCACCUCUUCCCUUUCACAGCCAAGGGAUUCCCGCUGACCUUUGGCUUCUCUGGAGUUCCUCUCUGGCCAUGGUGCAUUCAUUCCCAGCUCCAGUAUUUAUAGCAGGGAGGGGAUUUACUAUCGAUCAGUUUGUUUUUCUAUCUGAAUAUAGCAGAGCACAAUGAUGGAGGUUUUGCUCUAUUUCUGUCGCCCUCCUAUCUAUUAUUGAUGAAGCUUUGUAGCCAGGAAAGGUUACAACCAUAACUGCUGUAACAAGAGUUACAGAAAGCAAACUCAUGUAAUUGCCUCUGUAUAUUCUAAAAAAUUCAGCAAUAAAGCUUGGUAAAGACACCUGAAUGAGAAAGACGUCCCCACAGACAUGCAUUGUUUGUGGGACAAUGCUAUUGAAUAAUCACGCUGAAGUAUUUUACAAAAAAACAGCUACAGUCAAGUAAGUUACUGUACUUGUCUGUUAAAACAGUUAUUGUGUUGGUUACACAACCUUGUCUCAUCUUGCUAACUACAAUAAAUGCUUAUCUGCCGAUACUUGGCAUAGCAGUUUGAGAAAAAAAAAUGAAACCAUCUGACCAACAGCGGUGCUGCUGAACAAUGCUGGAGAUGUGUUGCCCUUUAAAUUGCCCACACUGCAGAUAAGGUAAGGAGUGGUAGGCUUCAGUGCGGAUGGAGAGCGCGUUUUUUUCGCCCUUGCCUUCUCCAUCACCAGCACGUCUAUUGGUAUGCACAGCAGUGCCCGAAUGCAGGUUUGACAAAGCUUUAUACACGAGCGGCCACUGCUGACUACAGAAAUCUUUCACACACACAUAUUUCACCUACAAAACUUCACCUCCUGCCGAGGUGAGACCAUGCAGAACCAAUAAAAUCCACUUUAUAUUCAUGUGUGUGUUUGUGCGCGGGGCUCUGGCUCAGUGUAGGAUAAUUGCCUAAUCUUAUAGCCCACUACAUAGGGCGAAUCUUUAAUGCAUGUCGUCUCAAGUCAGUGUCUGAAGACGCUGCUCUGCUCAUCAUGUAGGCUAUGAGGAGGAGACUCCCAGAACUGUCUGUGCACUAAACGUUGGGACGCACUUAACUCCGCAGGAGCGGAUCUGCAGCUCAGACACUGGCUGUUGUUUCAUGUGGCGGGCGCAUGCUUAGAUAAGAAAUAUUUAUUUCUUAUCUAUUUAUUUAUUUCUUAUCUAGUAUGUAUGCAAAUUGGCUUGAGUGACGGCAGAUUUAUUCACACACUGACAUGAAAAGAGGACUUAUUAUUGAUGCAUAUGUCCCAGAACGCGUCUAAUUAUUAAAUCUUGCUAAUAAGAUGUAUCUAUUUUUUUUUUUUAAGCCCUCUCCCUCCUCUUCGCCUUUUCCCUCCCUUUGCAGAUGUUGCCUCUCGAUCUGAGCACCUUAUCAGGAUCAUUUACCUUUGCGGCUGUCUGCAGCCACAGCUCGCCACACAGUCACGCUGGCGUGGAGGGGAACAGCGGAGGCAGAUCAUUCUGCUGAUCCCAGCACCUUUGCUUAUUAAGGGAAGCACCAGCACCUCCUUGAUCGUUUCCCUCCUCCCUUUUUUUGCCGAUUGCCAUCCCACGACAGCCUAACCGGAGGAAAGGAGCCGGGGAGGGGAAAGCGAGGACACACCCGCACAUACUACUGUAGGCUACCCGGUGUACACGGCGAGGAUGCUGCUGCAGACAACAUGAGGUGAAUACCAUCGACUGCCCCAAAUUGGAUUUUUUUUUACCCGCUCUGAAGACAGAAGACCUGAUUGUCGUGGCUGGUUAUUCACCUUCCUACCAGUGUUCAGCAAGAGCAUCAACUCACAUCACAUGAAAAAGAUGUCUGCAGUCAGAUCCUAGGUGACAUCCUGUGGCCGUCAGGUCUUUACGGCGUUGAGCCCCCACCCUCUCCUGGCCCCUGCCUGCAGUUCUCCAGGCUGCAGGACCCAGACUCACUGAAAAGUGCAGGCCUCCUCCCCCUGCAGAAUGACUGUUGCCACAGGCGACCCCUCUGACGAGGCGGCUACACACCCGGGGCAGGACUACGACCCGGAGGCCGACCAUGAGUGUUGUGAGAGGGUGGUCAUCAACAUCUCAGGGCUGCGCUUUGAGACUCAACUCAAAACCCUCUCCCAGUUCCCAGAGACUCUGCUGGGAGACCCAAAAAAGAGGAUGCGGUACUUUGACCCACUGAGGAACGAGUACUUUUUCGACAGGAACAGACCCAGCUUUGAUGCCAUAUUGUAUUAUUACCAGUCAGGGGGCAGGCUAAGAAGGCCGGUCAACGUCACCCUUGAUAUUUUCUCAGAGGAGAUUCGCUUCUAUGAGCUGGGUGACGAGGCCAUCGAGAUAUUCAGAGAAGAUGAGGGUUUCAUCAAGGAGGAGGAGCGGCCUCUUCCUGAUAAUGAGUUUCAGAGACAGGUGUGGCUGCUGUUUGAGUACCCAGAGAGCUCAGGUCCUGCUAGGAUUAUUGCCAUAAUCUCUGUCAUGGUCAUCCUGAUAUCUAUUGUCAGUUUCUGCUUGGAGACCCUCCCAAUUUUCCGCAAUGAUGAUGACGAUAUGCACAAGUCUCACUCAAAAGUCUAUUCACCUGAGACCAAUACCACAACCAUCAGCUAUACAUCCACCUACUUCACUGACCCCUUCUUCAUCCUGGAGACUCUCUGCAUUAUAUGGUUUUCCUUUGAGUUUCUAGUGCGCUUCUUUGCCUGCCCCAGCAAAGCAGGCUUUUUCGGUAACAUAAUGAACAUCAUUGAUAUUGUUGCUAUCAUCCCUUACUUCAUCACUCUUGGCACAGAGCUCGCAGAAAAGCCCGAUGAUGGUCAAGCGGGUCAGCAAGCCAUGUCUUUAGCCAUUCUCAGGGUCAUCCGCUUAGUACGAGUGUUUAGAAUUUUCAAGCUCUCACGUCACUCCAAGGGGCUUCAGAUUUUGGGUCAGACCCUAAAAGCCAGCAUGCGAGAGCUCGGUUUGCUUAUUUUCUUCCUCUUCAUAGGAGUCAUCCUUUUCUCAAGCGCUGUCUACUUUGCUGAAGCAGACGAGCCCGAGUCACAGUUCGAGAGCAUCCCAGAUGCGUUUUGGUGGGCGGUGGUGUCCAUGACAACAGUCGGCUAUGGUGAUAUGGUCCCAACUACGAUCGGUGGCAAGAUCGUGGGCUCCCUCUGUGCCAUCGCAGGUGUGCUGACCAUUGCCUUGCCCGUGCCUGUCAUUGUGUCCAACUUCAACUACUUCUAUCACCGCGAGACUGAGGGUGAAGAACAGGCGCAGUACCUACAGGUCAACGUGCCCAAAGCCGAUUCAGCUGAGGAGCUGAAGAAGAGCCGUAGCGGCUCCACCAUCAGUAAAUCGGACUAUAUGGAGAUCCAGGAGGCUGUGAACAACAGCCGUGAGGACUUUCAGGAGGAGAACCUUAAGACGGCCAAUUGUACGCUGGCAAACACAAACUAUGUAAACAUCACUAAAAUGCUCACAGAUGUGUAGUCAUCUGCUAUUUUCCUUCCGACACAGCCAGGAAAUGUGGAGCAACUGGACGGGACAUGUGUACAGCCUCCCACCUUACGUGUGCUGGAAAUAUCAAGGCAAUAGAAUUCAGGAUGUUGAUGACGAUAGACAAUGAAGAAAAAAAAUAUUACAGAGACCAUCCGCUUGCUCCUCCCUCAUCCUGUCUUCACUUCUCACAACUUGCCCUUAAAACUCCUGAAAACUGUCAAACAGAGUGAAAUUUCAAAAUUUGCAUUUCUGCAUGGAGUUGGCUUUUUGUGUGUCUGUGUGUGGCUGUCUAAAAUGUCCUGCUCACAACAGUAGCCAACAGUAGUGCACAAAAAAUUGAGAAACACAGCAAGUAGUAAAAAAAACAAAAAAGAAAAAAAAAAGAUUUAUUGCUUUCAAAAAGAAAAAAAGCAACACAAGCCCUGCUUUAGUCCCCCGUCCCUCGGUCCCUCAUUUCCCAAGGCACACUGCUCUGCCAUGCGCUUUCUGAAGAGAAUCCUACUCGCUCACAUGCUGCUUCCUGGAGCCAAUGUAACAAAACUGGCAUACGCUCACACCAUUUAGAAAUAAGAGGAUGUGUGAGCAUAAAGCAAGCUCACUCCAUCGCUGAAAUGGCCUGUGGGUGACUUGUGACUAAGUUGGUGGUUUAGUACACCACGUUAUUUCAAGGAUGAAUGACAGCCGUCGGCGCUUAGCUUAUGGUUCGACACCUUUUUUUCCCAGCAGACAUCAGUAUCUGAUGAAUGACUGAGAAUGGCCUUGACUUUUCACUGCUUCAGUCUUACAUGUACUGUAUGUAUUGCAAUGCAAGCUUUCCCCCUUCCAUUCACCCAAAACUGGUCUUACUGCAGAGCUUUGAAGACAACUUGAAUGUUUCUUCUCGUUUUGUUUUGUUGUUUGACACUGACAGACCCACACACACACACACACACACACACACACACACACACACACACACACACAAGCACGCAGUACCAAUUCCAAUAGAUAGGUAGGUUAACUGUGACUUAACUGAUAGCCGGUAGGUGCUGUUAGUAGUAAACAUAGACAGUAGAUUAAUGCAUGACAUUUUUAUCUGAAUGAGAAUUUCCACUUGUUUCUCAACUGCCACUUGCUUCAUCACAACACUGUAUAUUUGUCUGUACACUGCCUUCUGUACAAAUCCACACUUUAAAAAGGAUGCCUGCAGGUAGCUGUUAAAAGAACCUAAAGCUGUAUGUUAGAGGAUUUCUUAAGGAAUAAUCACAAGGCCAAAUCCUACACUUAUCAGGAUGCGGUGUCCUCAUCGAUAUUAACAUUCCAUGUAGAAGUCAUUGCGUUAAACUUUUGCCAGGUCGCUGUAAACAGCUGAGCUGUGAUUUCAGGCGUAAACUCACACUCUAGUUUUGGACAUAAAUCCCAGUCGCAGAUGUGAUAGACUUGCAGUGCUGUCUGUUUCACAGUUUGUCACACGAUCACGUCCUCAUGAUCAAAAUAGCAACUUUUAAGGACUCGUGUAGGCUAUAGAAUAAUGCUUCCCCCCCAAAGCCUUUUUAUCUGGAUUUAUGCUAGUGUUGCAUGACCUCAAAAACAUUCCUAGAAGCAUGCAUUUAAGGUCAAAGAAGAAGCCAGACAAAAAAAGUACAAUUAUUACAAUAGAUAUAUGUAUUUCUUAUAUAUAUUUAUAUAUAAAAUAUAUGUAUACAGGCAGGACACAUAUACAGUACACAUAUACCUUUAUUGGAGAAUUAAAAAACUUUAAAUAGCAAUGUUUAAGAGAAAGCAAGAGCCUUUCCACAAUGUGCAAAUCAUUGCCAUGUUUUUAUAAUAAUAAUAAUUACAAUAAUAAUUGUUCUGAGCACAGUUUCUAUUUUCUCCUGUUUUAAAGGCCUGUUAAGAGUGCCAAAGGACACACUCUUACUCGCCAUUUCAAAAGCAUAUUCUUUGCUAGAGUUUUCCAGCAACCCUGACACGUUUAAAUACAAGACGUUUGCUUCACUUAGUGUAAAAAUGCCUUCUGUGAACUAAGUGUUGAAAGGCAGGGCAACACAGUAUCAUCCCUAACCAGUCUUAUAUCAGAACGAUUUAUAUUGGCGUUAAAAUGGUCAGAAUUGAAAUGAAGUCUGGCUGUCCUCUAAGAAGUCUUUGAUGCCAGAAGCUCAAUCUGUCUUUAAAAGUUGGCAUCAGAUGUGAAUUAGGUUCUGAUUUCAGGAUUGUGUCUAGCUGAGAUUAAUCCGCAUUCGCUCAACACUGCCAAGGAACAUUCAAAGGCAGUAACGUCAAUAUGGGAAGUGUUAAUUAGCAGCAGUGUAGCAGAUAUUGGCUAACCUAGGGGUCCUCUGACUUCACUCCUGAGUCGCUUGCCUUUCUUCAUCUUUUCACAGAUGUCUUAGGUAAUUAGAAAGGUGAUGGAUGAUCUGUAGCAAGAAUUGUCUGAAAGAAUUCUGUCAUGCCAGGAUGUACAUCUUUAUUCUUAGGGUUUCAUUCUGCUCACUACAGUCUUUAACCUGCAGUAGCAAAAUGUUUUUUAAGCCAUCGCUGCCAAUAUAUGCUCAGGAUGCCUCGUCCGACUGCCUGACAUGAGGCUUCUGAUGUCUCUCUGUCCAGAUCGGUGUCUGCUUUCAUGUAUCUUAAAAGGAUUUUUAGAGAAUCUUAGUGAAUAAACUGGAGCAGUUAUAUAUGUUGCUUUCCCAAAAGUAGCAUUAAGGCGGAUUGAGAUGUUAAAAUGGUCUGUAACUCGAGGUAGGACCAGAUUAAAUUGUUGUUUAGCAAUAUUCCCAUAAUCCUUUGGUGGAGGGGUCUUUGUGGAGAACAUAGAUGUUUGUUUAAAAAAAAAGAAUGAACCUUAUUGGACCUCCACAAACCAACCUAGAUCUUAUUGAUCAUCAUUUGAGUAUUGAUGUGGGUGUGUUGAUGCACAGCUAUGUAGGAGGUGUGUGUGUGUGUGUGUGUGUGUGUGUGUGUGUGUGUGUGUGUGUGUGUGUGUGUGUGUGUGUGUGUGUGUGUGAGAAAGAGAACCACUGAAUGUCAUGGUUUUGGUUGUACAGUUGCAUUUAUGCAAGAACCAUUUGCAUAUAUCUGUAUAUGUGAAAAAAACAUAUUUGUCUAUGCAUGCAAAUGCAAUGUAUCUUAUUGUCUUCAUUCCAUUUUUUGCACAUAUAUUUAUGAUAAAUGUUACAGACACAUGCAACAUUUAUCUGUUAUGUUUGAAAUUGGGCACGUCACUGUACCUCAGCCAUGUUCACUGUAGCAACUCAUAGACUGGAGUUCACAAUGUUGUAGUUAAAUAUCGACAGCUAUUUCUGCUUAAAGCACAAAGACGAGUAGAAUCAUCCUCAUCUGUAUACCUGCAGAUUUAAUCUGUGAAAUGUUUUUAUUCAGUGGAAACAAAGUCAAUUCAAAUUAUGUAUUGCUUUAUAGGGAGCACCACCGCCUCUAAAAACAAAUGUCAUCUCUCAUGCUGAGGGACCCACCAGCAAAUCCCCUCCCUGAGAAGGGUGCCCAACAGUGAAUACACUGAGAAAUCUAUGCAGAGAAUGAUUAUUAGCUGGUAGUUGAGAAGGUUUAAGUACACAUUUUUUAUGUUUUAUUCCAGCACCAAUUACAUGUUGAUCCUGAGAGCUGACAGCACAUUUGAAACAAACCUUUCAAGCAGAAGAGACACACUUUGCAAUAUUCUGCUGCUGUACGUCAAACACUCACACGUUGGCUGAAUGUGAAUAUGAGCUUUCUGAACUUUUGUUUGUUUGAGCUGCGAUGUCAGCUCUUUGAGACAAGGCUCCUACAUAAAAAAAACUCAUACAUAGGGGAAAUACAUUAAGAUGAUCAAUAUGCAAUCUGUAUGCAUGUGUGUGUUUGAGGAUGAGAACGUUUUCUUUUCGUUUGACCCCCAAAGUCUGAUAGUGUGGCAUCCACUAAAACAAUAUGUACAGUUGUUCACUCCCCCUCCCCCCCCCCAUCCUCCCCCAUAUCAUAGAGGCCUGAAAACAUCCAUCAAUGUUGAUACAGUGGAUAAUGGAUUUUCUUUCUAUGAAAUGAAAUGUGAGAGAAUAAUGUACAUAAUAACCAAUGGAUGAUGGAGCAAAAACCAUGUACUAUAUACUGUAUGUGAAGUCUGGAUUUAAAACGUAGUAUUAUCUGCACUUUACAAGACCAAAAGGACAAUCUAUGGACAAGAAAACGUCAAAUUAAAAAUGCAUAUAAUCCUUCCUAAUGAUCAUAACCCUGACAAAGUAAUAUCAAUAAUGAAGCCAAUAAUAAUUCAACUGAAA